GUCGGGGCGGCUGACGCGGGUGAGCGCGGAGGCCAUUGCGGAGGAGGCGGUGGCGCUGAUGAGGAAGUGGGCGGCGGAGAGGCCCGGCUGGCGCAUCACCAGCCUGGCCAUCAGCGCCUCCCGCUUCGGAGCGGCGCCCACCGGCGCAUCAACCAUCACCCGCUUCCUGCAGCAGCAGCGGCAGCAACGGACACAGCAGCGGAACCAGCUGUCUGCUGCGGCAUCAACCGCACCCAGGUCGCCGCCGCCGCAACCGCAACAAAUUCCCCUCCGGCAGCCUCUUGAAGAUCAACAACAGCAGGUUCAGGCAGCAAGCCACGAGGCUUUGCUUUCUGAGCGUCAUGAAGCUAAUGGGUCUCGAGAGGGUGCCGAGGGCGCUGCACGACCCAUCACCACCUCCCCUGCCGCAGCAACGACGGCCGGUGCGGCUGCAAGCGCCUCUUUACCUCCUCCUGCGCCAGUCGCUGUUCCUGCCGGCGCCGCCGCCGCUAGCCUCGCCACCCGUAGCAGCGCCUCACCCCCGCCUCCAGGUGUGGCCUCCCCGCCUGAGGGAGUCCCGGGCGGCACCAAGCGCCCAGCCUCACCGCCGCCGCUGCCGCCACACCCCGGAGCUCCCCCACAGCCGCCGCAGCAACGCCGGCGGAAGGAACCGUCGCCGGCCCCGGCACCGGCGCCGGCAGGGCGGGGCAGGAGCGCGGGUGUGCGGAGCGCGGG